AAAUCCUGAAUGUGACAGGAAUAUGGCAUCAAAUUUUGAAUCAUCAAUUCAGAGGGGCUGUGAUUUCAUCCAUGAUUUCGCCUGUUCUCCUUGUGAAGAAGAUGGACUGAACACGGAAGCUCAACAUUUCUGCUCACAGUGCACGAAACUUUACUGCGAUAAUUGUGUCCCCGUUCACAACAAACUGUACAAGAGACACACGGUGCUCGAUCGGAAGGACGUGAUGAAAUGGAUGGCGGCACCAGGGACGGUGGGCGCCCUGGAGAGAUGCAUGAUACACCCUGGGGAGGCACUGAAGCUCGUGUGCAUCGACCAUGAUCAGCUGUGUUGUCAUGUUUGCGUUGCCUUGGAUCAUAGACAUUGUUCUUCAAUACAACACAUAAAAGAUGUUGCAAAGGGUAUCCGCAAAGAACCCGAGUUUCGCCAACUUCCUCAAAAGGUGGCUGAUCUUAGAAAGCAGAUAGAUGAUAUGAAAGAUUCAAGAAAGAAAAAUGAGACGUCACUAAGGAAGACUCGAGCAGCCAUUGUUGACGAGAUCAAGACAAUUCGUGAAGAGUUCAACGACAUUCUUGACAGGAUAGAGAAAACAACUGUACAAGAGAUGGACAGUCUUAUAGCUAAACAUGAAAAGUCCAUCAAGAAAGACAUAGAAACCAGCACACAGAUAAACGAUGCUUUAAAGAGCAUUAUGGAUGCGAUUCAAAUCAACGAUUCAUCAGGCGAGCCGUCCCUGUAUAUUGGGUUCAGAAAAUGUGAAGAAAACAUAAAACAAGCAAACGAAAUUGUGCAGAAGAUGUCAACUGUUAAAACAUACAAUAUAACCUUUCGUAAAUAUAUUGGAAUAGAUGACUUGUCAUCGAUUAAGACAUUUGGAGAGUUAAAUGAAUCGAAUAUUACUGCUGAUAAUCCUUUUCCAUCACAAGAUCAUAUAUUCGCUGCCCAAGGUUACAAGGAGUACAAUGUAAAGGUGAGUUCAGACAAACGCUCUUGCUUAAUUGGCGGCAUGUGUGAUUUAACUGGUGGAGAGAUUGUCAUCACAGACAACGGGAAUUGUAGCGUAAAACUCCUGGACCAGGAGUACCGAGUUGUCGAUCACUGUAAUGUUCCUGAGUAUCCCCAGGGUUUGUGUCUCAUUGGUGGGAAUGAAGUGGCCGUGUGUGUAAACAAUCUUGACGACCGAUGUGAGCUUCAUUUCAUGAAUGUUACAGAAAGGAAACUUAUAACUACGAGGACGUUAAAUUUCACUCAUAGAUGUUAUGCCGCAGAUAACCACGGGGAUAAGCUCUACAUCUCAGACAACACCUCCCUGUAUGUCUACACGAUGUCGGGACAACUGACAAAGAAGCUGUACGAGGACAAGUCCGGUGAUUACACGGUGCAGAGAAUGUCCAUCACUAGCGAUGCGAUCUAUAUUACUAACCGUUCUAAACACCAAAUAUCCACCCUUGACAACCUCGGAAACAAGCUGGCCACAUUUACUGAUCGUGACUUAAGGGGACCUUACGGAGUACAUGCGACAACUGCUGGACACGUGUUUGUCUGCUGUUUUGUUACUAACAAAGUAAUGCAGAUUGACAAGAAUGGGAUGAGGAAGAUGGCCAUACUGGCCAGGGAAGCAGACGGAUUGUACGGACCUUACGCUUUAUUCUUCAACAGUCGCACUUCAUCUCUGGUAGUCGGCGGAGAGAAAGAUACGCUUCUCGUCAUCAAAUUACAAUAGACUCACAAUAAAGGACAACAAACGGAAUUAUAUUUUAAGGAAAUGAGAAAUAAUUGAAAUGUGAUCUACGCUUAUGUGACACUGACAGUAAAAACAUGGGGCUUAUUUCCCCAAAUAACUCCUAAACGUUCCUUGUUUGACACAUCGGUUGGCAUUUAUAGUUUGUCAAAAUAUAGUACAGCUAUUAUAACAGGUCGAAGAGUUCUUAUAUCUAUCAAUCCCUGCCUGCUCUCACUUGGGGGAAAAAUCUAUUUAUUUGGUUUUAUUUAC